ACUCAUAUUUUACUACAUCCAAGUUCCUUUUUUUUAUAUUUUUAGUCACACUGUGUUCAUCAUUUUCUUUGAUUCAGGUAUUUGAUGUGAAAAGAUAAAGAAUUUUGCAAAAUUUGUCUUAUCAACAUGACCUUUGACCAUGUUUACAUCAUAAUAAUAAAAAUUUGGGAACCAAGCACCAAAUCCCUGCAGAGCAGAGUGUAAACAAGGCCGCCAUGUGCCUGAGUUAGUUAAUGCACGUGCACCUGCAGGUGGCCCUGGCAAGUUAUAAAUUUAGCCAGGACCAGAACUGUCUACCCGUCUGCAAACAUGGAGUGACGUGUCUGCCUGGAGCAAGCCAUAAAAAUGGUCACUGCCCCUGUCGCAGCUCCCAGACCAGCUCUCCGUGGCCGGAGAGGCCGUCCCACACAGUGCCCAGCACGGACUUCCCGAUCUGUACGCUCCGGCCCCUCUGGGCGCCCCACGACUCCGCAGCGACCAACCCCCGCCGCCACUGUGUCCUCCCCCUCAACGUCCAGGUCUCUCUCCUCUGCGGAAGAUGACGCUAACUCGGUUUCCGAUGGGGAAUGGGAGCCCCCCCCGCAGGCUGAUUCCAGCUCUGCCUCUGACAGCAGCUCCUCGGAGUCAGAGGUCACCGGUGAUACAGCUGAGGAGAACGAGAAAUGGCAGUCAAAGAACGGAAUGAUUUCCUGGGAACCCACUGAGGCUAACACUCUGCGCUACAUACCAGGUGCCUGUCUGCGUGAGGGGCCAACCGCAUACGCCAUCCGCCGCAUCAGUGAUAUCCAGUCGUGCAUGGAUUUGUUCAUUACGGAGGAUAUAGCCCAGCAGGUGUUGAAAUAUACAAAUCUCCACGGCCGGCGUACCAAUGGUGAUGGCUUUGUAGAGAUAACCAUGAUGGAGCUGAGAGCUUUCUUCGGCCUGCUGAUUUUGGCUGGGGUGUACCGGUCACGGGACGAAUCUACACACAGCCUGUGGUCAGAAGGUACGGGACGUGCCAUCUUCCCAGCCACUAUGCCUCGCAAAAACUUUGAAAAGAUAGUCUCAACGAUUCGCUUCAACGACAAGCUGACUAGAUCGAGACGGCUGAAGGACAGCAAGAUGGCGGCUAUUUGGGUGGUAUGGGAGAAGUGGGCACCACGGCUCCAGCUGAUGUACAACCCUGGAGUCGACAUCUGUGUGGAUGAGCAGCUGGUGCCGUUCAGGGGUCACUGCCGCUUUCGCCAGUACAUCCCCAACAAACCUGCCCGCUAUGGCAUGAAGAUUUGGGUUGCCUGCGAUGCCCGGACCUCAUAUGCCUGGAAGAUGUUGGUGUACACGGGGAAGCAAGAUGGAGCCUCCCCAGAGGUAAACCAAGGCAAAAGGGUUGUGUUGGAGCUGUUGGAGGGACUGGAGGGUCACACUGUGACAUGUGACAAUUUCUUCACGUCGUAUGCUCUUGGGGAAGAGCUCCUGAAAAGAAAGAUUGCCAUGGUGGGAACCAUAAGGAAAAACAAGCCGGAGCUGCCCCCAAAGCUGCUGGAGGUGAGGAAGCGGGCCAUUCUCUCCUCCAUGUUCGCUUUCUCCAGUACCCACACCUUAGUGUCCUACGUUCCCAAGCGGGGGAAAAAUGUCCUCCUGCUGAGCACGAAACACCGGGAGCCCGCCAUCAGUAAUGAACCCCACCGAAAGCCCAUGAUCAUCUUGGACUACAACAGAAACAAAGGCGGCGUCGAUAAUCUUGAUAAGGUUACUGGGACCUACAGCUGCCGGCGCAGGACCCAGAGGUGGCCGCUGAAGAUGUUCUACAACAUGCUGGAUGUUUCGGCGUACAAUGCUUUUGUUCUAUGGAGGUGUGUUAAUCCACAGUGGAAGGAGAGCGAUACCCACAGGCGGCGCUUGUUUUUGGAGGAGCUGGGGAAAGCCAUGGUGACCCCGCUAAUGCAGCAGCGGCAACGGCUACCCCGAAAUCCAAGCGCCGUUGCUCUUGUGGAUGCAGCUCGGGCAGGAGAGCAACCCGAGGAGGGCGACGGCCCACCAGCAAUGGCCGGGACAAGGCGACAGUGCCGUUUUUGCAGCAAGAGGAUCCGCAACACCUGCUGCAAAUGUGGACAGCACAUCUGCAGAGCCCACACCUUCAUGCUCUGCAGCACCUGCUGCCCCUGAGACUCAGACUGAGCAGUAUUGAUAGUUACCUCUUAGUGCUUCUAGUUCAGUUUAUCUCAUUCAUUUGUUGCUGCUAUGUCUGUUUUUAUAAAUUAGUUUUUUUUAUUUACGUCUGAAAUAAAUGUCAUUUUAGAGUUAAAAAUAUAACAUUUGUGCGUCAUGUUUGAUUGCUGUACAUGAUGAGGACUGGAGGUACUGAUCUAAAAGGUUCUUAAGAGGGAAAAGUGUGAUUCUUAUGUGUGUGUGUGUGUGUGUGUGUUUUGUCUCCAAGGCGUCACCAGCCGUUGGCACACCAAGAAGCUUCCUCGCAAAA